AUGAUCAUCAAGAAUAAGAAAUCAACCACAGCACUGAUAUUGAUUUCAACAGUUUUAUUGGUAUUAUUCAUAAAAAGUGGUUCACAAUUCAAAUCCAUUGCAAGUAAACAUGCUCAAAAAUUAUAUCUCAAGUAUUCAUAUAGUUCAGUUGAUGAUUAUAGAAUCGCUUCAUAUUCAAACGAUGAAAUGGAUCAACUUCGUCGAAAUUUAUCUAUACAUUUCCCAUAUAAGAAAAACACUGAUGAGAUACCGAGAAAUAUAUGGCAAAUAUGGAAAUCUGAUGAUGUUACAACUUUAGAUCAAGGAUUACAAAAUUUGAUUCAUACUUGGAAAGAUCAAGAAAAUUUCACAUAUACAUUAGUUCAAGAUACUAAAUUAGGUGAGUUUCUUCAUGAUACUUUUAUUGAUACUGCACCUGCCGUUUUAGAAGCCUUAGAUAAGUUACCAGAGAUCAUUUUGAAAACAGAUUUUGCUAGAUAUUUAUUAAUGUUUGUCUAUGGUGGUGUUUAUUCAGAUAUUGAUACCAGAGCAAAUCAAAACAUUACAAGUUGGUUAUCAUAUAAUAAUACUAUAACGCCAGAUUUACCGAAUCAGAUAGGAUUAGUUAUGGGUAUUGAAAGUGAUCGUGAUGAAAAAAAUUGGUAUAGAGAUUCAAUGGCGAGAAGAUUACAAUAUUGUCAAUGGACAUUACAAUCUAAACCUGGUCAUCCAAUGUAUAGAGAAUUAAUUGCUAGAAUUGUUGAUAUAACCUUAAAUGGGUAUGAUACAACUAAUCAAAUAUUACACACAAAAGAUGGGUCCAAGUUUGAUUUAAAGAAAAGUUCAAGUACGAGAUUAAGUGGUAUUUUACAAUGGACUGGUCCUGGUGUGAUUACUGAUGCAGUAUUUGAUUAUUUGAAUGAUGUUUAUAAAACAAGUGAAUUCUUAGAUCCAGAAUUAGAUUUCAAGAAUGAUAAAAUGAUUGAUCCUAAUAGAAAACUGAAUUUGUUUUCAAAAGUGAAGUAUGAAAAAUUAAGAGGUUAUAUACAUAAUGGGUAUGAUCCAAUUGAAAGACCAUGGGGAUGGCAAAAUUUGACUAAACAAGAGAAGCCUAUCCUGUUUGAUGAUGAUGUUUUACUAUUACCACGUAAAUCGUUUGGUAAUAUAGAUGGUGGUCAAUUAGAUUAUGUUAAACAUUUCUUCAAAGGUACUUGGAAGAAUAACUAG